AUGAGCAGCAAGAUCCGCGUCGUCGUGCGCGUGCGGCCGCCGCUAUCGAUUGAGAAGGCGCACGCGUGCACGAGCCUCGUCUUGGAUCCGCUGGCCAAGCGCGUUCGGCUCGGAAAAGAAUCGGCCAAAGAAUUUCAAUUCGACCAAGUCUUUGAGCCGACGACGACACAGGGCGAGCUGUACGAACGCACGGGCGUCGCUCGCAUGAUUGCCAGCGUCCUGGACGGGUUUCACGCCACCAUCUUUGCCUACGGCCAGACCGGGUCGGGCAAAACCUUUAGCAUGGAGGGCUACGAGUACGAGAAAGCAGCGUCGAGGCCCGCCCAGCGCGUGCACGCCAAGCCCACACUCGACGUGUCGUCCGACCGCCUUGGCAUCGUCCCUCGCGUGAUCUUGGGCCUCUACAGUGCGGUGGCGAGCGCAGACAAAACGCGCGAGUUUACGCUUCGGUGCUCGUUUGUGCAGAUCUACAACGAACAGAUUCUGGAUCUGCUCAACCCAAGCCUUGGCGCCAGCACAAAAUCGCUUCGGCUGCGCUGGGCAGCCAACCACGAAUUUUACGUUGAAAAUCUCAUCACGGUCACGUGUACGAGCGCCGAUGAGAUGCUUGCCAAGUUUCAGGACGGCGUCAAGCACAAGAUCAUGGCGUCGCACAACCUGAACGCAGCGUCGUCACGGUCCCACUGCAUCUACACCUUGUACGUUGAGAGCGUCGACACGACCAACCCCGAGGAUGUGCUCAAGGCCAAGCUCUCGCUCGUGGACUUGGCCGGCUCCGAGCGCGUGGUCAAGACGGGCGCGACAGGUGUCACGCUGCAGGAGUCGAUCGGCAUCAACAAGUCGCUCUUCGUCCUGCGCCAAGUCAUUCAGACGCUCAGCGACGAGGCCAAAGACGGCGGCGACACCAAGCACGUACCGUACCGCGACUCGAAGCUCACCGCGCUCCUCAAGCACAGCUUGGGUGGCAACAGCAUCACGCUCAUGAUCGCUUGCCUCUCGCCCAGCGAUGUCUACGUGGACGAGAACCUGAGCACACUCGUGUACGCGGCCCGCGCUCAGUCGAUUGCCAACAAGCCGACCAAAAACGAAGACCCCAAGACCGUCUUGAUUCAGCAACUCCGUGACGAAGUCGCUCAGCUCAAAGCCCAGCUGGCCCACGCCCACGACGUGAUUGUGCAGCUGGGGGGCAAGGACGAACGCGUGCACGGAUCCGGGAGCAGUCUUGACCACUGCGACAGAGAAGGAACACCCAAAGCGGCAAUGCGCAAGAAGAGCGACAACAAUGACGGCGAUCCGCGGCUCGAGCCAGCGCCAGCACUCCACAAGCCCGAAAAACCCGUGCCACGACCAACACAGAGCAACAAUCAAGAAAAGGACGCGGCAUCAGCGUCGUCGAUGAAGACGAACGGGGCGGUUGAAACCACCAAGCUGCAGCUGCACGUCAUUGACAACGUUUCGCUCAUCAAAACCAUGUUUCAAAACCAGCCACUGGCGACGCCAAGCCGACGCACGAGACUGGCGUGCUCUCGGUACCCUGCGCUCGUGCUGCUAACGACUAAGGCCACCACCUAG